CCAAGCCCCAAUCUCCUCCGCCUUUGUCAUUCUUAACCGAAACCCUAGAACUGCUCCGCCGAGCUUCCGAUCCCCAGAGUCGCCGCCUCGGGGAAAAAGCGGAAGGCCGAGGAAGCCGGUAGCCACACCUCAACUAUGGAUCUGGAGAUAGUGGGUCGGCACGCCCUACUGUUUGACGACGACGCGACGGCGGAGGUCGUCAACUCCGGCGGCUCCCUCGUCCCUUGGGCGGCCAUCGGCGCGGCGGACCUCCUUCUCGACCGCCACGAUGUCCGCCACCUCCUAGAUUGUGUGCCCCCUCGACCGCGCCGUGCCUACUCCGCGGCCAUCCUAUACGUCCCCUCCUCCGACGGCGUCUCGGAGGCGGAGCUCGAUCGCGAGCGCUACCUCGACCUCCCCGACGCCGAUGGCGACGGCGAAGACGAGGGUUCCGGAGAUGCGGCCCCCUCAGGAAAUGGGACAGAUACCAGACAGAGUGAUUGUAGUUCUGUUCCUUUCUCAUAUGGGAGUUCUGCUGGUUCAGACGAUCCAAAUUCAUUGGGAUCGUAUUAUCGCCCAUCAUUUUAUGUGCCAGACAGCUUGUUGAAUAAGCUGCCUCCUUCUGAGAAGGCACAUCAGAUAAUUGCAAGAACGGCUUUAUUUGUCAGUGAACAUGGGGGGCAGUCAGAGAUUGUGUUAAGGGUGAAGCAGGGAAAUAAUCCUACAUUUGGAUUCUUAAUGCCUGAUCAUAAUCUCCACAGCUACUUCCGGUACCUUGUUGAUCAUCCUCAACUGCUGAAAGAUGGUGCUGAUUCUUUUGACACAAAUAAAGGCAAUAAAAUUGUUGAGGGUGAGCACGCUUCAUCUGGCGGGGCCUUAUCAUUGCUUGGGACUGCAUAUGACUCAGGAGAUGAGGAUGAAGGCACACUUCUGCCUACUUCAAAAGGCACGGAUCCUGGAAAUAGCAUGACACCUGAUGCUCUGGGACAUGUAAAACCUGCAUCCACUAUACCUGAUAACAAAGAACUUGGGAAAAAUCAGAAUGCAUUCUCAGAAGCAGCAGCUUCAGUUAAGAGCAAACCAAUAUUGGCAAAGAAGAAUCCAGCGCUUACUGGGAACAUCAUUGUUGCUGCUCAGCAGGAAGAGGUUAAAGAUGCAAUUACAGCAUCAACUACUGCCAAGUCACAAAUCACCAAUUCAGGCUUGUCUGAAACAAAAGAAAUGAUCCUUGAACCACCAUCUUUCAUGAAGCGCACGAUGGAGAAAAUAGUUGAAUUUAUUCUGACAAAUGGGAAGGAGUUCGAGGCAAAACUCAUUGAGCAAGACAAAACUACUGGGAGGUUCCCGUUUCUCCUGUCAUCUAAUCCAUACCACUCUUAUUAUCUCAGAUUCCUCCAGGAAUCACAAGAGUCCAAGUCACAUGGUAGAAGUCCUGAUCGCAAUGACAGAAGAGGUUCUUCUGACCGAAGGGACAGAAGAAGUUCUUCCGAACGCGACGACAGAAGAAGCUCUCGUCAGCACAACGACAGAAGCUCCCGUGAGCUCAAUGACAGAAGAAGCUCUCGUGAGCGUGACAACAGAAGAAGCUCUCGUGAUCGUGACGACAGAAGCUCUCGUGAUCGUGACGACAGAAGCUCUCGUGAUCGUGACGACAGAAGAAGCUCGAUGGAGCACAAAGGCAGCAGUUAUGGCAAGGAAGAAACCAGAAGCAAUGCACGACCAACUACUGGCAUGGUCUCCAGUGCUUCUGACGGAAGCUCAGCUGGGCCAUCAGAGAAGCAGUUGUAUGAUCAACAAGGGAAGAAGGGUAUAUUCCAUCCUGUUCGUGGGGUCAAAAAGGAACCUCCUCGGAGGGUCACUGCAGAUGAAGCUGCUGCUAUUGUAAUGGAGGCUACUCGUGGGCUUGGUGCUGCCAAUGACUCACUUAACACCAUAAAAGGAAAGAAGGAAGAUAUUCACAUCCGCGGUAGUAAUGAUCAUUCUUCCAGCUUUGGAAGUUUCUCAUCUUUACAGGACCGAGAUGCACUGUCGAAACACAUUUCAAAUAGUGAGGCAGAUACUUCACUUACAAGUAGUGGACAGGUUAAAAAGGAAGGUUUUGGAAUUAUUGAUGAUGAUUGGAUUGCAAACACUAUUGCGAAAGCUGCUGCUGUUGCAGCUUCCAAAGAGGCAGAUUCUUCUGAAGCUUCCAUGACCAAGGAGCAGAAGCUGAAAGCUGAGAGGCUACGGCGUGCAAAGAUGUUUGCUGCAAUCGUUAAGGGUGGAGGAAACAAGAUGAAUGAUUUGGCUGCAGUAUCUGAUCAAACGGAUGAACCUUCAGAGGCCACACCUGCUGAUAUAAAUGCCUCUGGACUUGAUGCACCACCUGAGGCUAAGGAACGUGAAGGUAGCUCUGCUCCGUUUGAAUUUGAUGUUUCAAACGUGACAAAGGAGAAAGACACUGAUGAUGAACAGAACAGAGUGCGGAAGUAUAGAAAGAAACAUCACAAAGAGUCCGAUGAGGAGAAAGAUGAAUCAGAAGAAAGCUAUAAGCACUCGAGGAAGAGGCACCGUUCGGAGCAUUCAAGAGGGCAUAGUAAGGAUGCCCACAAACAUAAGCACAAGAGGCACUCCAAGGACCGAGAAUCCGGACAUCGUAGGCACCGGCAUAGCUCUUCAGAAGAUGAGCAUGAGCAUCGGAGUUCCAAGUCAAGGAAUAGGCACAGGGAUGAUGAUCGCUACUCAGAUGAUGAAGAGCAUAACAGGUCACGUAGGCACCAGAGGGAACAUCGCUCUGGUUCUAAACGGAAACACGAGGAAGAGCAAGAUCAGAGUGAACAGACUCAAGGUCGCUUAGAAGUAUCCCCGAGCACAUCAGGUGCUAAGCUUGAAUCAGACAAGCGACCUGGUGACACUGCUCAAUCGUCUCAGGGAGUAACUGAAGUGCCGAGUGAGCUGAGGGCCAAAAUCAGAGCGAUGUUGCUAGAGACACUUUAAAACACUUCAAAAUUUUGUUCUCGGCAAUGUAACCUUAGACCUCUGCUUCAAGUCUCUGUCCUGUAGCCUACUUGCACUAUUGUAUUUGGUUCAAGUUUUCCUAUUAUGCUCUCAAUGGCCAUUUUAUCUUAAUGCGAAGAUGUAAACGUGGUUUCGACU